CUCGUCCCGCUGCUGCUGCCUGCGCUUCUCUGUCUCUCACCCCCUUUUUACCUCUCUGCCUAUCUGUCCCUCCCCCCUUUCUCUCUCUCUCUCCCUCUCCCUCUCCCUCUCUCCCUCUCUCUCCCUCUGUUAUAGACACAUUCACUUACAUACACUCAGACACACACAGUUUCUCUCUCUCUCCCUCAUAUAUAUAUAUAUAUAUAUAUUUAUAUAAACACACACACACAUAACACACAUGCUCAGGCACACACACUCAAUCCAUCAGAGUCUGACAUACCUGUGCAGACUUGGGGGGAGCGGUGCUGGAGGGGCUUUUCGGCAGCGUUGUCUCUGAGGGUGCUCUGCUCUCAUUUGGGGAAGAAGCGGGUCUCAGUUGUUUUCUCUUUCCUCUUCCUCUCAUUCCUGGAAUGCUUAAACUGGACUGAUGGACAUUUCAGAACUUUGUCUUCCAGACCCUCUCAGCUAUCAUAACCAGGCUUUGUUGUCCAAUUCAUUAGAGAGAUUCCUGAGUCCAAUGGCCACGCUGGAGCCCUCUCAUUUCUGGCUGCUGAAUAGAAUGGCCGCUGAUGAACGGCAUCUCCCCUCCAGCUGUGGGUCCUACAUCAAGACAGAGCCAUCCAGUCCGUCCUCGGUCAUCGACACAGUCAGCCACCACAGCCCCAGCGGCAACUCAGACGCCAGCGGAGGCUAUGUCAACGCCAUGAACAGCCACUCCAACGGCCUGGACUCCCCCCCUAUGUUCACCCCCGGCGGGCUCGGCGCCGGCACCUGCCGCAAGCGCUACGAUGACUGCUCCAGCACCAUCAUGGAGGACUCGUCCAUAAAGUGCGAAUACAUGUUGAACUCCCUUCCCAAGAGGCUGUGCCUGGUCUGUGGAGAUAUAGCCUCGGGGUAUCACUAUGGGGUGGCCUCUUGUGAGGCCUGCAAAGCCUUUUUUAAAAGGACAAUACAAGGUAAUAUAGAAUACAGCUGUCCAGCCACAAAUGAAUGUGAGAUCACAAAACGGAGACGCAAGUCAUGUCAAGCUUGUCGCUUCAUGAAAUGCCUCAAAGUGGGGAUGCUCAAAGAAGGUAAGAAGAGUAAGAACAUUUUUAUUAUUCUUACACCCACAAAUACACAUACAGAAUUUCAACAUCACACAGUUGCUUUCAUCAUAGUUUCUCUUUUUUUUUGCUUCUCCACUCUCUCCCUGGGAGACCAGAUGAGCUUACUGCAGAGUGCCUGGAUGGAGAUCCUCAUCCUCAGCAUCGUGUUCCGCUCGCUGCCGUACGAAGACGAGCUGGUGUACGCCGAAGACUACAUCAUGGACGAGGAGCACUCGCGGCUCACGGGCCUACUCGACCUCUACGUCUCCAUCCUGCAGCUGGUCCGCAAGUACAAGAAGCUCAAAGUGGAGAAGGAGGAGUUCGUAACCCUCAAAGCCAUCGCUCUCGCCAAUUCAGACUCCAUGCACAUAGAGGACAUGGAGGCGGUCCAGAAGCUUCAGGACGCUCUCCACGAGGCCCUGCAGGACUACGAGAGCAGCCAGCACCAGGAGGACCCCCGGCGGGCUGGCAAACUGCUCAUGACCCUGCCCCUGCUGAGGCAGACGGCCACUAAGGCCGUGCAGCACUUUUACAGCAUCAAGGUGCAGGGCAAGGUGCCCAUGCACAAACUCUUUCUGGAGAUGCUGGAGGCCAAGGUCUGAUCGGCUGGAAGCUGAUUGGUCCGCCGCCGCGUUGAGGAUACUGAGAGUGACUUGAACCAAGGCUGAGGGGUUCUUAGGAGAGUCAGGCGCCUACUGAGUGUGCAGGACAGGACAGAGACAGCGCUCCUCCGGGAACCCUGGGACACUAAAUUAAAAAAGAAAAAAAAAAGAAAAUGGGAAAAAAAAAAUGCAACACUUGGUUAUUAGUAUAAAUAUAAAAAUGAUGCAGAUUAAUUUAAAAUAUAUAAGAAAUACUAUGUACAGUAAAAUCUUUUGUUAAUUGUCAGUGGUCAUGCUGUAAAUGACCCUCAACAUCUUCAGAAUAAGUAGUUGUCAGAUCUUGAUGACAAGCUAAAGAACAUUCUUUUCUUUUUUUUCAUAAAACUAAAAGUUCCUAAAAAUGUGUUCUGAAGAAAAUGAAGGUGUCAACGUCCGAAAGAGACUGCCUGGACUUGACCAGGACAUGUAAAUAUUUAUUAUUUGGAAGGCUGAGUGUACAGUUCAAAGUCUGGUAAACCUGACAUUUUCUGUUUUUCUCCGGGGGCGGGAAAAAAAGAGCAAAAAUUUGGGGAAGGUUGUUGCAUAAAUGUGAACUCUUUAUUGGUUUAAAUGUCCUUGAAUAUACCUCUCCAGAGCUGUAAGCAGUGUGAUCUUUGUGGAUCUGUCUCAGACUGGAAGACUUGCUGGCCCCAUGUUUAACCAAACUGGCAUAGGCAGGUAAAAAGAAAAAGAAAAGGAAAAAAUAAAAAAAAGACAGUCGUCUUAUUCUGUAGUAAUGCGGCAAUAAUAGAGGGAGCUGCUGGGAAGAUGGGCUUAAUUUCCUAUAGUUCAUGUGCUUUUCAUUGCUGCUGUCUCUUAAAGACCAUACCUUUGAGGAUCCCAGUCGCUCCUGCUGAUUCACACUCGUGUUUCCCCCUCUCCUGGAGUGCUUGUGUUGGUUCCCCCUCGUACGCUGCUCCCCUAAUUUGGUCGCUGGUUAAGCCCGUGGAAAUUGACAUGCAAAUAGAUGACCUGAUCCAGCAUAGGUGAAAGGUAAUCAGCAAGUUCACUUUGGCGGUUUCAAAGGAUUUAUGCUGAGUGGCAGAAGUCCACGAGAUUCUAUGUUCAAACAAUCAGAGGUUCAUAUGUCAAGCAGGGCUAUUUUGGGCCACGUUUAAGCCUGUGGCAGAGUCAUCCCACACACAGGGAGCAAGGUGUCCAGCAUCUGCUCGCACCGUUUUAGGCACCUCCCGUCUUUUAAUAGCCUGCGCCUGCAUUUACAGGGCUUGAACCAAACGGAGGUAAAUGGCAGGUGCCAAGCCAGGGUGGUGGCACUUCACACUGGGUUUAUUUUUACCCAGCAGGACCCUGUUGAGAGCGCAACCUCGCCGCCAGGAGUACACGUGAACGCUUCUUCUUGACCUCAUGUUGACACGGUGGCCGAAUCAGAGCAACACCCUUCGUACCGGCUGCAGGAGGCGGGAGGGUUACGCCACCGAGAGGAGAAGUCGGGAUGCCCGAGCAUGCACAUGUGAACAGAUAUGCAAGAAACAAAGUGUCAGCAUGCCUCAAAGGUUAACAGCGGCCUGGCAGCCUGUGUGUACAAGGUGUGAUCUCUGGUGGGAGAUCUCGCUCUUCCCUUCUCCUCAUGUUUAGCUACAGGCCCAUUAUGUUGAGUGUGAGUAAUACCCCCGGUCCCGUCCCCCCGCAGAGUCCGACCACAGCUCUCCACGAGGGAGAGAAUGCACUGAAUUCUGUAGGAUUUUAUGUGACACGAUAAAUUAUGGCUCUGUCCCAACAAUAUGAUACUGUGAUCAAAGGAAUCCCUGACAUAGCGCAGGGUAAAGUUGCCACUGUGCUGGUGAUAUCAAAGGACAGUAGCGAUCGAGCGGGCCCAUAUGCCUUUUUAUACAGCAGCCUGAUUGGCCACGCUGUAACCUAAAUUACUUUACUGUUGUGCAAUACAGCAGGGACCAAUUCUGACUGAAACCAUGCUAAAAGCAUGCUUUUUACUUAGAUUUGGGUGACUAUAUGCUGUUAAGUGACAUACUCUAAACCCCUUUAAUUGCUAUAAUGUAUCCUGUAUAUCAGAAGUAUAUUUGAUUUGCUCUCGUUUCAGUAAAGGUGCAGCAUAAAUUAAAAUUUUUGCAAUAAUUCUUUUUUUUUUUUUACAAAUAUUUUAUAGAGGCCCAAGAUGAUCAUCAAAAAGAAUCGCAAUGUUUGUUUUUUUUCUUUUAUCCCUUCAACAUGACACUGUUUGUGUAAAAGACACUAUGUCUCACGUUACAGGCUGUCUACAUGUGUACUGUAAAUAUAUCAGCGUCAAUACAGUAGGUUGCCGUAAUACCACUGAAAAUAAAGUACGCAGCGCCCUGCUGACUGCUACCUCAUUAUCAUAUUGUCGAUAUUUCUCUCAUUCUGUUAUUCUCAUAUCAAGAACAUACCUGAGCCAUGGACUGUAUGUUUUUAUUCAAAAGUAAAGAGAAAAAAAAAAAAAAAAAAAGUUUCUCCCUGAGAGCUCCUGCCAAAACGUUUGUUAGUGUAGUUCCAGCUCUUCUCAUCCCAUCCAUUCCUCACAGACCUGUUUGUAAAGCAACAGCAUGCUUCAUGAUGGCCACGUGACUUGUGACCCCCAUUUUGGUUACUGAGUGGGUGUUGAUAUGAACAUCAGUGUGUCAGAAUUGGUCCCUCGAUGACAAAUUGCAGACAGGAGCAGGUAACUGAUUUCCUACUUCUGUGCUAUGAGUAUAUAUGGUGUGAAAUAUAUCAUUUGGCAAUAGUGUACAUUGAUAUCUCUGAUUGUUGAAUCAACAAUAUCUGUAACUUCUGUUUUUGAUUUUCAACACGGUAAAGGAUCAAUGAAUUAAAUACUCACUGAACUCUGUGAUUCUUUAUUUUGUGUUUCGACUAGAGCUCUGUGUAUGUCAAUUUAAAUUAUUUUGAAUUAGAUUUGUAACACCUUCUCUAAACUAGCAGCUUUGUGAUGCAAGUAGG